UAUUACGGAUUUAAAAAAUGAUCCAAAUUUUUUUUAAACAACCUUUUCCAACCUAUUGCACUGAUAAAAUUAAAUAGUGAAAUAGAAAUUGCAAAUUGAGGAAAAAAAAGGAUGAAAACCAUGAAAUUGAGCAUGUAAAGAUGAAAAAAUCAGAAUGAUGCGCCACAAAAAGUGUACAAAUUAAAUAGGCACCCCACUGGGUUACCUGAAGAAUCUCAGCUUCAGGAGCAUAAUCUUACAAAAAUCGAAGAUGCAAAUGCUGUCAUCAGAAACAGUGAUUCAGAUAGCCUUUCUACUUCUAACCCUAGCUAUCUUCCUCGUCAUCUACAAUCUUCCGAAGAAAGCCUUCUCGAAGCUUCGAUCUAACAGCCGCGCCGCCUCUCAAGCGAACCGCCACUUCCUCAACGGCGCGCAGCUACUCAGCCGUGCUAGAUCCACGCGCCACCGAGCUAAUGCCGAAUCCUUAGCCAAACACGCCGUCGCUGAAGCUGACAUAGCUCUCUCUCUCCUCCCUCGCGAUGCCGCCUCACUGAUCCUUCGUGCCCUGGCGCUCGACGUCCUCGGCCGCCGAACAUCGGCGCUCCGGUCUCUCGACGCCGCGCUUUCACCGCCGACAUCGAAGUCUCUCUCCGGGAGAGAGAGGGGGGAUGCGCUGGUGAAGCGAGCCGAGUUACAAUUGGCUGUGAAUCGGAGGAGAAGAAUUGACUCGGCAUUGUCGGACCUGGUUGAAGCGGUGAGUCUGACUCGGGAUAAUCCGAAGGGGUUUUGUUUAUUGGGCCAGUGCUAUGAGAUUAAAGGCAUGAAAGAGGAGGCUUGUGAAGCUUUUCGAGAGGCCCUAAAAGUUGAGCCCGAAUCCACUGUGGCCCGUGAAGGUUUGGACAGACUGAAGUCAUGAACUCGUAACCCAUUUAUUGUUAACUUUUGGUGUCCUAAUUUUGUGUUGGAUUUUCCUUGGAAAUUAAAUGAUACUUCACCAUAUGCUGUUUCUGUUAAUUUUAUGCUUUGUAUGUUGUUUAAACAUAUUUUCUUUGUUUAGAAAUUUUAAUCAGCAUA